UACAUUGGCCACGCCUUCUCAUCAGCUGACGGCGCGCGUGACACCCUGAACUCUCGGACUUCCUACUGAACACGGGCUGCUCGUACCAAAUAAAAUGUGUUUUUAAUGAUAGGGCUGGGAUUUGGGCAGACAUGCCGUCGAAUAAGAGUGUGUCAGAUGCCCCGAUCACGCAGUUUGUGAACUGCAGGAUCCUGAAAAACCACAAACUGCAAUGGGAAGACCUGUGGGUUCGAGAGGGCAAGAUUUUAAACCCAGAGAAGCUGUUUUUCGAUGAACAGGGUUUUGCGGAUCACAGAGUGGACUGCGAGAAUAAAAUCAUUGCACCUGGAUUCAUAGAUGUGCAACUGAAUGGUGGAUAUGGCAUUGACUUCUCACAGGCCAGCAGUGACAUCAGAGGGGGUGUGGCUCUGGUGGCCAAAAAGAUUCUAGAACACGGUGUCACUUCCUUCUGCCCCACCCUCGUCACGUCUCCACCACACAUAUACCAUAAGGUUAUUCCUGAGCUCAGAGUUCAGGAUGGAGGACCUGAAGGUGCAGGAGUUUUAGGUAUUCAUCUGGAGGGCCCGUUCAUCAGUGAAGAGAAGCGAGGCGCUCACCCUCCAAAGUUCUUGCGAACCUUUCAGUCCGGUGGUGUGGCAGACCUGAUGGAGACCUACGGCCAGCUGGAAAAUGUGGCAAUGGUGACUCUGGCACCCGAACUGACCAAUAGUGCAGCUGCAAUCCAUGAGCUGUCCAGCAGGGGCAUAACAGUGUCAGUGGGACACUCGAUGGCUGAUCUCUCUCAGGCUGAGGAGGCUGUGCAGAACGGAGCCACGUUCAUUACACACUUAUUUAACGCCAUGUUGCCUUUUCAUCACAGAGACCCGGGCAUCGUGGGAUUGCUGACAAGUGAUCGUAUUCCUCCAGGUCGGACGGUUUACUACGGUAUGAUCGCAGACGGGAUUCACACUCACCCCGCAGCGCUGCGCAUCGCACACAGAGCUCAUCCCGCAGGGUUGGUGUUGGUCACUGACGCUGUAACAGCGAUGGGUCUUCCUCCUGGUCGACACACACUCGGACAGCAGCAGAUUGACAUCCAGGGGCUUCACGCUUACGUCGCAGGCACUACUACUUUGAGUGGCAGCAUCGCGACCAUGGACAUGUGUGUGAGACACUUCAGAGAGGCAUCAGGCUGUACUGUAGAAGCUGCAUUAGAGGCCGCAUCUCUGCAUCCGGCUCAGCUACUGGGCAUCAGCCACAGGAAGGGAACGCUGGAGUUUGGUGCAGAUGCAGAUUUUAUAGUACUCGACGACAUGCUGACAGUCAGGGAAACCUACAUUGCUGGACAGCAGGUCUGGAGGAAGUGACGUCAUCUGCUGGAGUAUGUUCAUCUGGGACGGUUAGAGUUUUACGCUCUUUGGACUUGCAUCACCAAAAAAGACAUAUUAAUGCAGAAAACAAACCCUAUUCCUUAUCAUUGGACUUAAAAUAGUUGAUUAAUGUCUAAAUAUAAAAGUACUACAUUUAUACGCACAAUCUUGACACUUGUGUACUGUAGCUGAAUGCAUCUUGGGGGUAUUUUAGCCAGGUUUAUUUUUAUAAAUUUUCCAUGUAUUUUGAGUAAUAACUUAUUCAAAUGUGAAAUCCACAGAUAAGAUAAUCUCAAGGGGUCCAGUUAUGUCAAUAACAAUAAUAACCUACAUGUUUUUAUGAUGUGAACCUGGGACACUUCAACUAUUUGAUUUCAACAAUGUCUAUACUGUUCAUUUUAUGUUGUCAACAUUUUAAUUGUAUUUCUUUUUCUCAGUUUAAUUAAAACUUUUCAUUUCCGGUAAAUGAUUCAUUUGUUUUGGCGAGUCCAAAUUAGGGCUGCGCAAUAUUGGAAAACCUGACAUUACAAUAUUUAAUUUUUCUGCAUUGCAUAUUGCGAUAUUGAGUAAAAGUUUAACAGCUGAAAUGAAUAGCUUUAUUUGAAAUGACAAUUUUGGAUGAUAAUAGGAUGAUUUUGUAGUGGAGCGCAUCUGCAUAAAAUGUAAUAAACCAAAUGACAAGCAAUGAUAAAUACAGUAAAGCAAAGUUAGAAAUG